GUGACAGCUUCAUGCCUUUGGUUUGCUGUCACCGAGCUUCCGAACUUCCGAGACACUCCACACGCUGUCGUCGCUAAGAUUUGCCGUCGAGAUUGGAUUGCUCCCCAUCCCGUUUCCUUCCGCUGGCUACCCUCUCACUUACCCUUCACCAUGGCCGACCCCUUUGAGGUGCGCAUGCGCUUCACCUCACAGCUUCAGCAUCUCAACGCCUCGGUAGCAUCCGCCCAAAAAGCUGCCCAAUAUGCCCUCAAGUACAAGGACAUGGACGAGGACUUGCACUCCUGUGUCCUUGAGCAGCUCGAACGGAACAACAUGAACACUCGCGCCAAUAUCAUGUAUUUCAUCGAGCACUUUCUAGACCUGGCGCAGCGCGACGGGCACACAGACUACAUUCGGAUGAUGCAACGUGAUAUUAUUCGUGUCGUCGAUGCCGUUGCUCCGGAUGAUGGGUCUGGCGCUGCUAAUGUCAAAGUGGUUCGAAAGGUUCUACAAGGCCUCCAAGGCAAGGGAUACUUGGAGUCUCAGACGGUCACCCAGAUAGAGGAUGUCAUCAAGGAGCGAGAGACCAACGCGGACGACCUUGGCUUGGCCUCUCCUAACGGAGACGUCGAGAUGACAGAUAUGCCUCCCUCACAGACCAUACCCAAGCCAGGCCGGAGGACCGCACCUCACCGACUCGACAAGCGACAGAUUGAGCAGCGUAUCGAGGAGGACCGUGAACGUCACAAGCGUGAGCGAGAGAGUAUAUGGGCCAUCCCCAAGGUUGAGAAUGCAGAGAUGAGCAAGCUGUGGGAGGAUACGAGCGACUUUGGCGAGGACGACGACCGGUUACUGACCGAAGAGCUGGCUGACUUUCGAAAAGAGAUGGAAAUGCAGGCGGGUUGUCAACACCAACGAGCGGCGAAUGGCAACCGUCACUGAGUGGAACGUUAAUCAUACAUCUCAUAUUGGCAUUUGGACGGCGUUUGGAUUUGGGUUUGCAUCGAGGUACUGAAAGAAAAAUCAUUGAUACCCAUCGGUUUGGCAAUGGUUUGGUGGGAUGGUGAUUUGAACCAAUAUUUGAGAGAGCUUGGUUUCUAAAAAAGUGUACCAUUACUGGUGUUAUUCAACUAGGCUACUCUAGUUUCCCUAUAGUCUUCAUCAUGAAGUCUUUAUCAUGG